AUGCUCUCAUUUGCCUUGCUUACCAAUGACAAUCGACACAAUUCGCUUCGGAACACCAAAUCCUCAUCUCUUAGCAUCAUCCUCCCUGACAACUCCUUUAAUGUCGUCAUCAGCUACGUCAUCGUCGUCCUCACCAUCAAUUUCAUCCACGUCAUCGUCUUCGUCAUCUCAAUUUCCGUCUCCCUCAUUUUCUACCUCAAAUUGUACAUGAAUGGAGUCGAUAUGCUUCAUUACCUCAAGAAAGGAGGCCUAAUAAGUUACCAUGGAGACUACGCUGAUGAACAACAUGAUGAUGAUGAUCAUGAUCAUGAUCAUGAUACUGGUGGUGGUGGUGAUAAUGUUGACGACGGAGAUGAUGAUAAUGAUAACAUUCGUGCCACCAGAAUUGAAACUAAUAAAGAGAAUAGCAAUAGUAAUUACGUUCCAAAGAUUAAAAAUAAUUUCAGCAACAACAAGAGCCGUGCUAGUGGUAAAAAUAUUUUGAAACGUUUCGUCCAGCAAGAUUUUGUGGCUUACGAUGGCGACAGUCGAGGCGGAAACUUGAGGAUAGUUACAGGCGCGGUCGAAGCAGAUAGGUGGAUGGGCGGUGAGGGCAGGUCCUCCUUUGCAUUUCUUACACCUCAGUCCCACUUCAUCACCAGGCAUACCUUCCACCAAAAAUAUUCCAUCUUCUUCCAGGUUGCCAUUACUUUCGACGGCCUACUGACAGAACAUUAUUUUUAUCGGCACAUCGGUCCAGAAUUUUUCAUGGAGAAUGUGGAGAGGUGGCAGAAACUUCAUUUGACAACAGCGAAUUAUCUGAUUGCUUGUUUUGUUUGUUUUGUUGUGUACACAGACGGUGCAGCUGCUACCAUGAUCAUGUGCAGAUGA